CUGCCGCCUGACUGCCAGCCAGCCCUCCUGCAGCAGGCAGCGCCGGCUCUAGCGCAGUACAAUCUCUCAGCAGAUGCUCUGACAUCAGCCUCUCCUUUUUUUCCCCCCGUAUUUCUAUCGUUUUGCGCUCUUUUUCUGCGUCUCGGGAGCGAGCGGCCUGUCGCAGCCGGCGGAGAGGGGAGCUCUGACGUUAGCCUCAGAAAUCGGUGCUCCGGGGACUUCCGCGGAUCGGGGGACGGGGGGGAAGUUGGCGAGUCCAGCCUGCCGGAGCGGGGGGACCGGAGCAGCCAUGGUGUGAUCAGGAAACAACACAGCAUCACGAACCUCCUCUCCCCCCCCACUCCUCACCCCUCCUCAGCCUCCAGUCACACACACGCCCCCCCUUUAAACGGAGGGGGGAAUAAAAAGCGGCCGUCGUGGAGCGCGGCGGCUCCAUAACAACAAGGGCCGGCAUGGCUCAGACCAAGAGGCACACAUACACCCGGACCACCAGCAGCGGCAGCAGCAGGAUGAGUUCGGACGGGGGCGGCAAGCCGGCCAAGGUGGGCUCCCUGGUGGAGGUGAUCGGCAAGGGCCACCGCGGCACCGUGGCCUACAUCGGCGCCACGCUCUUCGCCACCGGCAAGUGGGUGGGCGUCAUCCUGGACGAGCCCAAGGGCAAGAACGACGGCACCGUGCAGGGCAAGCGCUACUUCACCUGCGAGGAGAACCACGGCAUCUUCGUGCGGCAGUCCCAGAUCCAGGUCAUCGACGAUGGAGCGGACACUACCUCUCCUGAGACCCCGGAACCAGCCGCUGCCAAGGUCCCCAAACGAGAGAUUGUUGAGACGCCGAAAUCAAGCAAGCUGCGAGGAGUAAAGCCCAAAAAGACGCCCGCGCCCAGGAAGACCACCGCCCGGCGCACCAAGCCCACCCGGCCCACUGGCACGGCAUCCUCCAAGGCGGGCCCCUCGGGGUCUGCUUCCGCCUCGGCGGGCGAGAUGAGCAGCAGCGAGCCCAGCACGCCCGCCCAGACCCCGCUGGCAGCGCCGGUCAUCCCCACGCCCAGCGGCAGCCUGGUCUCCCCCGGAGCCCCGCCCCCGCCCACCCCCAGCAAGGGUGAGAGUGCCGUAGCAAAGCAGGAGGAGGAGGCGCUGCGGGCCCAGGUGAAGGACCUGGAGGAGAAGCUGGAGACCCUGCGGAUGAAGCGGAACGAGGACAAGGCCAAGCUGAAGGAGCUGGAGAAGUACAAGAUCCAGCUGGAGCAGCUGCAGGAGUGGAAGAGCAAGAUGCAGGAGCAGCAGGGCGAGCUGCAGAAGCAGCUGAAGGAGGCCAAGAAGGAGGCCAAGGAGGCCCUGGAGGCCAAGGACCGCUACAUGGAGGAGAUGGCGGACACGGCGGACGCCAUCGAGAUGGCCACCCUGGAUAAGGAGAUGGCGGAAGAGAGGGCGGAGUCGCUGCAGCAGGAGGUGGACUCGCUGAAGGAGAAGGUGGAGGAGCUGACCAUGGACCUGGAGAUCCUCAAGCAUGAGAUCGAGGAGAAGGGUUCCGAUGGAGCAGCCUCCAGUUACCACGUCAAGCAGCUGGAGGAGCAGAAUGGCAGGCUGAAGGAGGCCUUGGUCAGGAUGCGCGACCUGUCGGCCUCAGAGAAGCAGGAGCAUGUGAAGCUCCAGAAGCAGAUGGAGAAGAAGAACACUGAGCUGGAGACUCUGCGGCAGCAGAAGGAGAAGUUGGUGGAGGAGAUGAAGCAGGCCGAAAAAACCAUUGAUGAACUCAAAGAGCAGGUGGACGCUGCUCUGGGGGCAGAGGAGAUGGUGGAGACUCUCACAGAGAGGAACCUGGACCUGGAGGAGAAAGUGCGUGAGCUGCGUGAGACAGUCAGCGACCUGGAGGCCAUCAAUGAAAUGAACGACGAGCUGCAGGAGAACGCCCGCGAGACGGAGCUGGAGCUGCGGGAGCAGCUGGACAUGGGCGCGGCGCGGGUGCGCGAGGCCGAGAAGAGGGUGGAGGCGGCCCAGGAGACCGUGGCCGACUACCAGCAGACCAUCAAGAAGUACCGCGAGCUGACCGCUCAUCUGCAGGAAGUGAACAGGGAGCUGAUGAGCCAGCAGGAAGCCACGGCAGAGCAGCAGCAGCAGCCUCCGGCCGAGAUGUUUGACUUCAAGAUCAAGUUCGCCGAGACCAAGGCCUACGCCAAGGCCAUUGAGAUGGAGCUGAGGAAGAUGGAGGUGGGACAGGCGAACAGACAGGUCUCUCUGCUGACCUCCUUCAUGCCUGACUCCUUCCUGCGGCACGGCGGAGACCACGACUGCAUCCUUGUGCUGCUGCUGAUCCCACGCCUCAUCUGCAAGGCGGAGCUGAUCAGCAAGCAGGCGCAGGAGAAGUUUGACCUGAACGAGAACUGCGUGGAGCGCGCCGGGAUGCGCGGGGCCGUGGGGGAGCAGCUCAGCUUCGCCGCCGGCCUGGUCUACUCCCUCAGCCUGCUGCAGGCCACCCUGCACAAAUACGAGCAAGCUCUGAACCAGUGCAGUGUGGAAGUGUAUAAGAAGGUGGGGACGCUGUACCCAGAGAUGAGUGUGCAUGAGCGCUCCCUGGACUUCCUCAUCGACCUGCUGCACAAAGACCAGCUGGACGAGACCGUCAACGUGGAACCCCUCACCAAGGCCAUCAAGUACUACCAGCACCUGUACAGCAUCCAUCUGGCAGACCAGACAGAGGACUGCACCAUGCAGCUGGCCGACCACAUCAAGUUUACCCAGAGUGCCUUGGACUGCAUGGCGGUGGAAGUGGGCCGCCUGCGGGCGUUCCUGCAGACGGGACAGGAAGCGACGGACCUGGCGAUCCUGCUGAAGGACCUGGAGACUUCCUGCAGCGACAUCCGCCAGUUCUGCAAGAAGAUCCGCCGCAGGAUGCCCGGCACCGACGUCCCCGGCAUCCCGGCUGCGCUCACGUUCGGCCAACAGGUGUCGGACACGCUGAUGGACUGCAGGAAGCACCUGACCUGGGUGGUGGCGGUGCUCCAGGAGGUGGCGGCCGCCGGCGCCCAGAUGAUCGCCCCCCUCGGCGAACAGGAGGGGCUGUCGGCCCUCAAGCUGGAGGACAUGGCCUUCAAGGCGGGAGAGCAGAUCUACGGCACCCAGGGCAUCAACCCGUACGAGUGCCUGCGGCAGUCCUGCAGCAUCGUCAUCGCCACCAUGAACAAGAUGGCCACCGCCAUGCAGGAGGGCGAGUACGACGCCGAGAAGCCCCAGAGCAGGACCCCCCCACCGGUGGAGCUGAGGGCGGCCGCGCUGCGCGCCGAGAUCACGGACGCUGAGGGCCUGGGGCUCAAGCUGGAGGACAGAGAGACGGUCAUCAAGGAGCUCAAGAAGUCUCUCAAGAUCAAGGGCGAGGAGCUGAGCGAGGCCAACGUCCGGCUCUCUCUGCUGGAGAAGAAGCUAGACAGCUCCUCCAAGGACGCAGACGAGCGUGUGGAGAAGAUCCAGACCAAGCUGGACGAGACCCAGACCCUGCUGAAAAAGAAGGAGAAGGAGUUCGAGGAGACCAUGGACGCCCUGCAGGCCGACAUCGACCAGCUGGAGUCGGAGAAGGCCGAGCUGAAGCAGCGCCUCAACAGCCAGUCCAAGAUGACCAUCGAGGGGCUGAGGGGCCCGCCGGCGUCCGGCAUCGCCUCCAUCGUCAGCGGCAUGGCGGGGGACGAGCAGAAAGGUGGCGUGAUGCCCAGCAUGGGCGGUGGCUCCGGGCCUCUCCAGGUCAUUGACUCGCCCCUCCUCAUGCAGCAGAUCCAGGCCCAACGUCUCAGCAUCAAGCACCUGAAGAACGAGAACAACCGGCUCAAGGCUGAGAAGAUGGACGCCCAGCUGGCCUCCCUGCCGCCGCUUCGCGUGUCCAAGCUGCCCUCCAAGGACGGCUCCCGGCCCGAGGUGCUCUCCAGCGCCCUCUACCGCAAAACCGACCAGCUGCUGGAGACCCUGCUCCAGAUGAGCGCCAACGUCAAGGUGGUGGACAUCACCGGCAAGUCUCCAGUGAGCCCCAGCGCGCAGCUCUUGGAGCAGACCGCCCGGCUGCAGUCCCUCAGCGACACCCUGGACAGGCUGAAGGAUGAAGUGGCGGAGCACGUUGUCACCCAGAGGCCCGGAGCUUGUGUCCCCUCCGACUUUGCCACGUUCCCCUCCACCUCCUUCGUCAAGGCAAAGGAGGAGAAGAAGGGCGACACGGUGCUGGUGGGCAGGGUGAUGGUGCCGUGCUCCCGCGGCCAUGAGCAGGUCCACCGCCUCGUCCUGUCUCAGCCUCAGCUCCACCAAGUGCACCGCCUCCUGCUGACCUAGGCCCCGCCCCCCUGCCACAGCCCCGCCUCCCCUCUGUUUCUGUGUGCAUGGGUGUGAACAGGCUCUCCACGAGGCUCCAGAGCAGCAAAGAACACCUCCCAAACAUUCUCUCUCCGUCUCCCCCUGCAUUCUGCCCCCCCCCACCCACCUGACCAGAUUCAGUCUCUGCCUCAGCCCCCCUCUGGCAGCGCAGGGCCACAGACGCGCAAGGUAUUCUUGAGAACCAUGGCAACACUACACAGAUGAAGGAAAACAAAGCCUGCAUUCUCAUUGGAGACCUUGAAAGAGCAGUUAGGUUUGGAGCAAGACUGCCAACACCUAGUUCCCCUAGUUGAAUAUUUAGCACAGAACAUGAAUCUUUUGAUAUAAAUCCAUCUUAGAUAGAAACGGUAAUGAAAUUCAGUCCAAAGUCUAGCAUUUUGCCAUUGCAUUGUCGACUAGGAAGAGUGGAGCAGAGAAUGAAAUCUAAAGGCACUUGAUGCAUAGAAGAAUUGGCAGUGACAGGUAGAACACAAAAGGUUUACUUUUAGAAACAGACAUAAACUCCAUGUAUUUAUUCAUCUAUUCACUGCAGGGGCUGGUAUUUUGACAACACAUAUUAAUGUAUCUUAGUGUGUGUCAUAUGAAUUGAGGGUGUAUUUAGACUCCUGUAUUGUGGUUUGUUUUUAACUUGAAUAUUUAUGUGGGAUAUAUAAAAUAUGUAAUAUUCCAUCAGUACUUGUUUGAAACAGCAGGGCAUUCAUUCACUGUUUAAUGCAUCGAAGGCUGUCAUUAUGCUUGGUUCCAGCUGGUAACAGCUGAAAUAAAUGUUGCUUAAAGGGAUUUGAAGUCAAUAGAAUGGUUAGUGUUGAUUAUAAGAUGUUAAAGUAUGUUAUUUAAACUGUAUCAAGUGACUAUCAGAAUAACUAUUUGGUAUAAACCUGUAGUCAAGCUAAAGAUAUUGCAUACUCACUUUCGGCUUAAGUAAAUAAUCCACACUAGUACUGUCUGCUGUCAUCCAAUCUAAUGAAGUUUAUAGUUUCUUGUGGAGAGUUAUCUUGAUUUAAAUUUGGAAGCACAACAUACUAAUUUAAUCAAUACCCAUUUAACUUAACAUGAGAUUGAAACUUUGUUUUGUUUCUGGAUGUCUUUUUAUUAUUUAACCAAGGGAAACAUUUUCCUUUUACUUCAUUGUUGAUGUAAGGAUUGUCUUCCAGC